GAAGAGGCCAAGACGAUAAGGCAGAAAACGAGAAGAGAGGGGAGCACAGGCCACGUUAGUAUGAGGACAGAGGAGAGAGGAAGACAGAAAGGUGCUCAGUCACCAACCAGAAGCCGAGUGAAACACAUCUCCAACAUGACACUGAGUUAAGCACUCGGUGGAAAUGACUCACACACUCCUGACAGAUUCAGACAGAAGAAGAAAGUGUCGAUCAGCAUUUAACAGCUGAUUCUGGGACGAAGAGGAGCAGGAGCAAGGAGAUGACAGAUGCUGGAUAUUUGUCGUAACAGAGGAUCUGCUGCCUGAGCUCGAGGAAUAGUUUCAUCUCAGGGAAACAAGUGGAUAAGCUUCAAGUCUGACUUCAAGCCUCUCCUCUCCAGCCGCAAUGCCCGAACGAGUGCACAACUUCCAGGGCCAAAGCUUUCACACGCUGAGGCGGGCCUACUUGCGUCGAGGUGCGCUCUUCAAAGAUUCCCUGUUCCCCGCCACCGCCCAGUCCCUCUUCUACAAGAGGGAGCCCCCGCCGGGACUGACCUGGAAGAGGCCGAGGGAGAUAUGUAAGGACCCGCGUCUGUUUGUGGAUGGCAUCAGCACUCGUGACUUGCAUCAAGGCAGUCUGGGUAACUGCUGGAUGGUGGCUGCGAUUUCCUGCCUAGCAUCUGAGCCAUCUCUGUGGAAGAAGGUAAUCCCAGACCAUGUGGACCAGGAGUGGAAUCCAAAGCAUCCUGACCUGUACGCAGGAAUCUUCCAUUUCCGGUUCUGGAGACUCGGCCGUUGGAUGGAUGUCGUCGUGGACGACCGCCUGCCGGUCAGCGCGGAUGGAGUGCUGCUCUUCUGCCGCUCGGCCACACCACGAGAAUUUUGGAGCGCCUUGUUGGAGAAGGCCUAUGCUAAGCUGAACGGCUGCUACGAGGCUCUGGAGGGAGGAAACACUACAGAGGCACUGAUCGACUUCACUGGCGGGGUUUCAGAGCCCCUCAGCCUGGAUCGUGAGGCCCUCAGCCUGCACAGUGACCAGAGGAGGGUGCUCUUCCAGACGUUAACUAAGGCUCAUGAACGUAAAGCCCUCAUCACCUGCUCCAUUCGGCCAGCAGAGGGGGAGACAGUAGAGUCGGUGUUGGACUGCGGUCUGGUGCGAGGACACGCCUAUGGGAUCACAGCAGUGAGGAAGGUGAGGCUGGGCGAGAAGCUGCAGAAGACAGGCUGGAUGUCCCGACUCUUCAUGGUGCGCAUGAGGAACCCAUGGGGCACCACGGACUGGACAGGUGCCUGGAGUCAGAGGUCACAGCAGUGGCAACAGAUGAGUCGUGCAGAGAGGGAGAAGAUGGGCCUCAUUGUUCGAGACGUCGGGGAGUUCUGGAUGGAUUUCGAGGAUUUCUGUCACUACUUCACAGACGUGGUGGUGUGCCGGCUGGUGGAGAGGGCUCUGCUGUGGCCGAGCUCUCACUGGAAGGAAGUGCGUGAGUAUGGGGAGUGGGCUCCGGCUCCUGCUUCCCUGGGAACACGCCCGUCCACCGUCCUCCACCAAAGCAACCACACGCUGAACUUGGGCAAGAACAACAACGCCAAACCUGGAGGGACCAAGCAGCGGGGAAACCGGAAGGAGGCCAGACUUGGGGAGAUUCAGCAGAAGGGAGAGAACGGAGGGAGGUGUGAGCGAGACAAGGCUGUCAAAAAAGCGACAAAAGAAGAUGAUGGUGGAGAGGUUGGAGAAUGGGAGGAACAGAUGGACAAGACGAGUCGAUGUGGAGGAUGCAUCAACCACAGAGACACUUUCCUGCACAAUCCACAGUUCAUGUUUGAGGUGAGACGCAAAGAGGAGGAGGUGCUUAUCUGUCUGCAGCAGGAGGACAGGAGGAUACGAAGGAAAGAUGGAGGAGGGGAAAACCUGCCUAUCGGUUUUGAGGUGCUGAAGGUGGAGGUGAACCGCUGCAGCCGGGUGCAGUGUGUGGUGGAGCAGGCAGCCAGCUCGGUUUACAUGGACUCCCGCAGUGUGACGCUGAGGGGGACGCUGACUCCAGGUCGCUACGUCGUGCUGCCCACCACCUUCCUGCCGGGCGCCACAGGACGCUUCCUGCUACGCCUCUUCUCCCAUUCCCACAUCCGACUCAGGGAACUGAGGGAGGAUUUGCCAUCUCCCUCUGUCUUCCAGUGUUUUCUACCUCAACCCACUGUGGUGACCACAGUCUACCUCCGCAGGGCGUCAGGACUCUGCCCUCCCAAACAGACAGCUCCAGAUGUUUACGCCAUAGUGCGAUGUGAGAACGACACCGUAAGGACGCGGGUUUUCAAGGCGGAGGGAAACCCUGAGUUCAACCUCAGAACCAUCUUCUACAGGAGAUACCCCAGCACACACAUCUCUAUCGAGUUAUGGAGCAGAGGUCGGCUGUGGGACUCCGUGCUCGGUGGGACUCGACUCCAGACGGCAGAGUCCGAGAGGAGUCGGAGCCAUGUGAUUGAUCUGCGAGGCGGCCAGUCACAUUCAGGAUACCAAGGGUGCAUCUACGUCGAGACGUCUUCCAGCGUCUGCCUCACAGACUUGUGACAGCAUCGUCUGGUUGCCCCGGUAACCACAUCAAGCCAUGACACCUCAGUGUCUGUCCUCUCAGGUGGAAGCCGACGGACAAAGAGAAGUUUUGAUGAACUAAUAAGAAAACUUCACAGAUAAAGACUGUUUAACAACAAAGGUGCUGUAGUUGUAGUUUAAUGAUGCAUUUUGAAUUUACAGGUGUUUUGUGUAUUUUAUUCUUCACUGUGUUUGUUCUGUGGUGCUCUGCUGGUCAGACGCGACGGUCUUCAUGACUUCAGCAGUCUAUCAAAACUCAAUGGGAACUGCUGCCAAAUCAAGUUCUGUGUUAUUAUAUUUAAUUUAUU